GCGCGCCGGCUAGUGGGCGAUAUACAUACGUGUAGCCAUAACACGGAACGGAUGGGUACUGGGCAUCACGUAUCACGCGGGUCCAGAAGGCUGGUGUGACUCCACCGACGGAAGAGAGCGCCCUCCGGUGAGGCGCGGUUGUCUAUACGGUUCCGGGCAACGAGAGUCGCAGUUUCGGAAGCACCGGCGAAGCGCGGGAAUCGCGCGCCUGCUGGAAAGUUCUUCACUGGUGCACGCAGAUGGAGUCGAAGAAAAGGAUGCAACUGACGGUGGCGGCACUGGUCAUCUUUGCCCAAGCGGCCUGGAGUCUGGAAGCUUGGGUGAAGUACGACCCGUUUGCAAAGAGCUUCGAGGUCAAGGUGGGACCACCCGACACCAACGACAAGAUCGCCGCUUGGGGUUCGUUCCACAACGCCAUCAACAAAACCGGAUUCAGCUUUCUGGACCUUUACACCAAUGAAGAGCUGCCGGACGACCACCAGGCGUACGCAGCCGGAUUUCUGGAGGGCUACUUGACGCAAGACCUGAUCCGCAUGCACUACAAAAACAUGUGGGCCGACUACUGCAAGGACGAGGAGGCCUACUGCGAGAGGCUCUCUUCGUUUCUACAGCAGAACAUGCGGUUCAUGGUCAAGAAUGUGAACAUGCACCACUUGCGUGUCCCGUACUGGCAUCAGGUGUACCUGGUACUUCAACAGAUGCAGGGCCUGGAGAAUGGUAGAACGGCACAGGGCAGGCAUUACUUCCCCUUCGAGUGCGACGUGAACGUCACCGCCACGCUGAUGCUGAACUUACACGGCGACGUGGAAGACCUGGAGAAGGUCCUGAAGCGGCGUGUGCCGAGCAGGGCGUUCGGCGAGGGUUCGUGCUCUGCGCUGGUCAAGCUUCUACCCGGAAACAAGGACCUCUACUUCGCGCACAACACGUGGACUCAUUACUCCAGCAUGCUGAGGGUCCUCAAGAAGUACAGGCUGCCCUACCGCCACACACCCGAAUCAGAUGUCGUGAUAGCGGGUCACACGACAACCUUCUCGUCCUAUCCGGGCAGGAUCUUCUCCGGAGAUGACUUCUACCUCAUUUCAUCGGGUCUGGCUACCAUGGAGACCACUAUCGGGAACGAGAACGACGACCUGUAUCGGGCCAUCAAGCCGGAAUCCGUUCUGGCAUUCAUCAGAAAUGUAGUGGCCAACCGACUGGCGGAAAAUGGCCAUGAGUGGACCGAUAUAUUUUCGCGCUACAACAGCGGCACGUACAACAACCAGUGGAUGGUGCUGGACUACAAUAAGUUCACUCCUGGAGAGGACUUGCAGGAUGGCCUCCUCCACGUGCUGGAACAGCUGCCUGAAUACAUCAACGUGACGGAUGCCACAGACACUCUGCGUGACGAGACAUAUUGGGCGAGCUACAAUGUGCCCGCCUUCGAAUUCAUAUUCAACGUCAGCGGAUGGUGGAGGCUGGUGGAGAAGUACGGCGACUGGUUCACCUAUGACAGAACACCACGGGCUCUCAUGUUCAUGCGCGAUCAUCACAAGGUUGUAGACAUGGACUCCAUGAUGAAUCUGAUGAGGUACAAUGACUACAAGAAUGACCCAUUGUCGCGCUGCAACUGCACACCGCCGUACAGCGCCGAGAACGCCAUCUCUGCACGUAGCGACUUGAAUCCGGCCGACGGCGUCUACCCGUUCCCGUCUCUGGGACACAGGCCGCAUGGUGGAACCGAUAUGAAGCUCACAAACUCGUUGUUGUUCGAGAAGCUCGAGUUCGUCUCUGUGAGCGGACCGACCUGGACGCAGCAGCCCCCAUUCCGCUGGAGCACAUCUGGGUUCAAGGACCACCACGAGGGACACCCCGACCUCUGGAAGUUCGAGCCAUUCAUUCACCACUGGCUCCUGGAGCCGCAUGAAGGGCUCAGAUAUGAGAUUGAACAAACUGGCAACACAGUAAUGGCCGAAGAAAUUAUUUUUUUCCUUUAAGUGCCACGAGACGCUGUGACUAGCAGUCAGCACUGCAAGUGGGCUGUAGCGAAAGCUACUUGCGACUUAAGGUGAAUUAUAAUGUAGUGCCUUUUCUGUAUAAUCAACGUGACUGACCAUGGAGUAGAAAAAACAACAUAAUCGUCAUAGGUUGCUUCUUACAGAACGUUGUGCCUAAACUAAGACGUUGUGUCUGGCUGGCCUUACGGAUACUAAGUAGCAGCUUUUUGUUUUCAAUAGUGUAAACAUUGUGAAAACAAGUUAGGCUGCUGUGGCGCUUGCUUUGAAUUGUUAUGUAAAUAUUUUAUCUACAAGUGGUUCACUUAUUGAGAGUGGCGCUGUAAUCUCAUGGUAUUACGAGGAGCAAGAACAGUAAUUUUAUGUAGACUUGACUUUGCAUCCAUACCACUUAAUUUUCAGUGUAUCACACUUGUUUAUCAGACUCGAUAUACUUGCUCAAUAUCGAGCAAUCAGAUAUAGCGCGAAUAUGCUAACGUUGCGUUGGUCGCACGCAACGCAGCACUCGGAUCUCUUCCAAAGCUUGCUAAAUUGGGGCUACACGCAAAUACCUAACUGUAGACAGUGCUCAGGUAUUUACGGUAUAGAUUCAGGACUUGCCAUAUUAUUGUUCGAAAGGAGUGUUAAACAAGCACACGCAUAAUGUUAGGUGGUAGUGCGGCUUUUGAGUUCUUUGUUUUUCAACUUUCUGUCUUCAUAAGCAUUUCAUUUAUUUUCUUGCAGUGAGGCUUGCCUUAUAUAAUCUUGGUAGCAGUGGCUACACAUUCCUCGCUGGCGAAUGGAAUUCAUGUCAGCCAUUCAAUCACUAUUUGGUAUUUUCAUGCGUCCAGCAGUGGAAAUAAAAUAAAUAGCUCAUGA